AGUGCGAUAACGAUAGAUAGCUACGCAGGCAGAAACAAGAACAACAACCUAGAAAGAAAAUGUAUUAAAACUCCUUAAACCCGAGAAAAUCCCACGCUAAUUGAAAAAAACUAAGAAUUAGACGCCACUUCAAGCACAAGCAUGGCCUCCGCUACGGUAAGAAAUGUGCCACUGCUCGACGAUGACACGAUACCCUUUGGUGAGGAAGACGAGAUGAGAGAUCCCAGUCGCGCGGGACAAAAAUACACGCAUCCGUAUGUCACCUUCUUCCACCUGUUCUUUAGAGGCGCUGCCAUUGUGAUCUACAUGUUUUGUGGCUGGUUCAGUGACUCCUUCAUCACCAGCUUUGUGUUCGUAGUGCUCUUUCUAUCCGCCGACUUCUGGACGGUCAAGAACAUCUCUGGAAGAUUGCUAGUCGGUCUGCGUUGGUGGAACUAUGUCGACGACGAUGGAGUUUCACAUUGGGUGUUUGAGUCCAAGAACUCUGAAUCCUAUCAGAGUCGAAUCAACAAGCAUGAGCAGCGCGUCUUCUGGUUGGGCCUCAUCCUCUGUCCCUUCUUCUGGGGUCUUUUCUUCCUGAUGGCCUUGUUCGGCCUGAAGUUCAAAUGGCUGCUAUUGGUGAUGAUUGCCAUUGCGCUAAAUGCUGCUAAUCUAUAUGGCUACAUUAAGUGCAAUUAUGGCGCUAGCAAGGAUCUGAACUCCGCCGCCACGGAUUUUGUGAAGACUCAACUCCUGAAAAACGCCAUGGACAUCAUGACAAAGCCUAGUAGCGCUCCGCCACCAACUAAUGUGCGCCCAACAGGAGUCGUUUAAGAUGGAAAAGACUCUAUUUACUAAGUCACCUUGCCACCUUCUGCUGCAGCGCAUUCCAAAGAAUAUUUGACGCUUCUUCUGGCUCAAACCAAGAACUUUGAACGGCAUCGCUGUCUUUAUGUACCAUAUGUAAAACUUAAUUUAGCCAUACUGCAAUCUAUCAUAAUCGUUUCUUACUUUUACUUGGAUUAAAGACCGCAUGUGUGCGACAUGCAGCCAGUA